AUGACCCGCGAGGACCCCGUUCCCGAAUAUACGGAAGGUGGCUCCCUGGAAGACGACCUACGCCGGAUAGCCGGGGCAUCAAAUAAUACAACAGCAACAACACAAGAUUCUAUAACAUUUACCCCGCCCCCACCUUCGAACAACAUUCCUGAGCCUGAAAUCAACAGUGGCGACCCCGACACUGAUGAAUUAAUAAGGCGCUUAAUAAGAGAAGAUGCAGAAGAAGAAGCAGGUGCACAAAGACGCACAAGUGCUAGUGGGCCUAUUCCACAUGCAAAUAUUGUUCAGACUUUCUUUGAUGCUAUCGAAAAUGAAAACAGUGAAUUAAUCUCUGCUUUUAUUGACGGUGGUUUUGUGAAAGUCGAUACGAAAAAUAGCCGUGGUGUUACCCCGUUAGUAGCCGCCGUCAGGGCAAACCAUGUUAGAAUCGUCCAACAAUUGGUAGAUUAUGGCGCCGACGUCAAUGAAAUGACUGUGGAGAGCGACCCAUCUCGCCCAUACUAUCGAAGAUACCGCCACGGGCACCUCAUCCCAAAUCCAUAUGAGUACCUUAUGCGAACACCACUUAUGGUAGCGGCAGAAAACGGCCAUCUACCUUUAGUAAGACUCUUCGUGGAAGUUUUCCAUGCCAAAGACGACAUUGUCCCACCAGAUGGAAUGAUAGCACUCCGCCUUGCAGCAAAGAAUGGGCACCGCGAGAUCGUUGACUACCUUCCAUCCCGCAGAACCGGUGGCAUGCAAAGAUGGCAGUACAAAAAUAGGAACUCUGUACGAAGGGCAAGAGUAAUUUUGAUUGAUAUCUACUGGUUUCUCAGGAUUGUCGUUUACGAGGUUCCUAGAUUCUUCGUCUGGUCGAUUCCAAAACACGUUAUUGUUCUCCCGGUGAAAAGGAGUGCCGUGUAUUUGUGGAAACACAAGAAAGAUAUUGCGGAUGGCAUAAAAGACGGGAUCGUUGCUACAGGCAGGGGUAUCGCCAAAUAUGCCAAGAAAGCUGCAGUCGGAACGAUCAAGGGUAUCAAAGCGUUCCCAGCAGGAACAGUCCGCGUUGUAAAAGCAACCGCUAGGGGUAUCGCCACUGGAGUUAAAGCAACGUGGAAAUUCUUUAGGGUUGACUUCCCGAAAUUGCUCGUGAGAUUUAUCAAGGCUACUCUUAAAUUUAUCAAAGAUGCCGCGAUAGGACUCAAAAAUGCGAUAGUCAGUACUGCUAAGGCCCUCAAAAAGUUCACAAUAUGGCUUGUGAAGUCUAUUUGGAAACUGAUUACGGUUACAAUCCCUAAACUCAUUUCCGUCACCUUCAAAUGGAUUUGGAAUGCGAUCAAAUACGUCAGCAGAGGUAUUGCCGGAUUUUUUGUUCGUUUGGCCUCUGCCGUACAUACUCUUAUCACAAAGAUGGUCAAUUGGGUUUCUGGAAUUACCUGGAAAGAUGUUCUCAACGGUUUCCUCGAAACUUUGAAGUUUGUGUUCGUUGGUAUACCCAAAAUGAUCGUUGAUGGAAUUAUACACACCGGAAAGUUUAUAAAGAAGGUUCUGAAGACUUUGUUUGGAUGGGCUGGGGAGGUUAUCUAUUACAUUGGCAUAGGUAUCGUUCUCGUGGUUGUAUAUCUGCCACGGAAGAUAUUCGAACUUUUCUUAGAGCUUUUCAAGUCGAUCGGGAGGGGUCUACACGAAAUUGCCGUCUGGAUCAAUCCAAAAACGGUUGGUUAA